AUGAGCCUCGCGCGUGCUAUGGCCCUCCCGCUGCGGAGGGCGACUGUUUCGAAAUCAUAUCCUGCGCAUCCGGUGCGCUCGGCCUCGAGGGCGUUUUCGAUAUCGAUACGACGAGAUGCUACGUGGGGGUUUAUCGGCCUAGGACAAAUGGGUUAUGCCAUGGCAAAGAACCUACGCGCGAAGAUCCCUGCAACGGAUACCCUCGUAAUCCGGGAUGUCAACGAGGAUGCCACCAAAAAGUUCGUCCAAGAAACUCGCGAGACUGCCCGGAGCAGCGGCGCUGGGGAUGAUGCCCUCAAAGUCGUGGUGGCCCAAAACGCGAGGGAGGUUGCGGAGCAGUCGACAGUGAUGAUAACCAGUCUCCCGGAGCCAGAACAUGUGAAGAAUGUCUUCUAUUGCGUUCUCAAAAACGGCGAGCUUCCCGCCCUGGAACAAGAACGCUUGUUCAUUGAUACGUCCACAAUAGAUCCGGCCUCGUCCAAGGAGCUGGCCAAUGCCAUUCAUACGACACGCCAAGGUCGUUUUAUCGACGCCCCGAUGUCUGGCGGAGUAGUGGGAGCCCGCGCAGGCGCACUCUCAUUUAUGUUCGGCGCUUCGUCGCAAUCGGGAGAGCUAGUAGAGCGGGUGAAGUCGAUCCUGCUUCUCAUGGGGAAGAAAGCGUGGCACAUGGGGCCGCCGGGGACCGGUGUCUCUGCGAAGCUUGCCAACAAUUACAUCCUGGCAAUCAACAACAUUGCGACUGCCGAAGCAAUGAAUCUCGGCAUGCGCUGGGGUCUUGAACCCAAGGCCCUUGCGGAUUUGGUCAACACAUCCACCGGCCGAUGCUGGCCAAUGGAGGUCAACAACCCUGUCCCGGGCGUCGUGGAAACUGCCCCUGCUUCGCGCGAUUAUGAAGGGGGGUUCGGCAUCAGUUUGAUGAACAAAGAUCUUCGAUUGGCUCUUGCCGCUGCUAAAGAGUCCGGUUCUCCGCUCGCACUUGGAGACAAGGCUCAUAGCGUGUACACUGCCGUGGAAGAGGAGCACCGAGGUAAAGAUUUUUCUGUGCGAUUCCAUUUACUGUCACGAUCGGUGACCAUCAUCAUCAUGAAUCACCAGGCCCAGCAGAUCUCUGCAUCUGAUUCCAGCCAGGCCCAGUCUGGUCAGUCCGGACAGUAUUCUCAUGAGGGUGGCCAGGCCUCGUUCGUGAACGGCUUUCCACAGAUGUCGUCUGGCAGUGAGAGUGUUGGCCCAGCCCUAACUCCGCUUUAUGGUCCGCUGAGCUUCCCGGGCCAGCGCCCCGGUGGAAAGUUCAAUCCGGCCAAGAAUCACAUACCGGUCGCCAUGCCUCCAGGAAUGGACAUGUCCGGCGCUCAGCGUGCUGCGUACAACAGUCAGUUGGUCCUCAUGCCCAAUGCACCGAUGUUCAACGGCAUGGGCCCUGUUCCCUCAUUCACCUCGUCUCCCGUUGCUGGCCCUGAGCAGCUCGGACACAUACCGUACAUGCCCACCACCAUGUACCCGAACAUGAACCCGUCGUAUCCGAUGGUGCCGGCGCCGAUGCAGGGCUACCCUUUCCCAUACAUCAUGAAUUGCGACAUGCAGGAUGUUGCGGGACCCAAGCGAGCUCAGUGGCCUGGUUCUGAAGAGAAUAAGAUGGCAGCUAACUCGUCGGUCGAGAAUAGCAACCAGUCUGAAUAUUACACUGCCGGCACCAACCAUAGUUCGGAGAACCCAGCUGCCCAGGGCUUUUUCAACCAGCCGCCCCAGAUGGCUGCAGCCUGUGUUCCGUACCAGAUGAUGAAGUCAUCCAAUGGAUACAUCCUGCAGGACCUUGAGUGUUUGACUCAGCAGGAGCCAGCCAUUCCACGCGCCGUGCCCGCAAUGUGGACCAACGCUUCCGAGUUGACUCUGGCCAAAUGUCUUGAGAAUCGCGAAGGCAUCACCAAUGUCUACAUUCGUGGAUUCCUUCCAGAGACAACUGAUGAGAUCUUGCACGCAUACGCAUCGCGGUUUGGAAAGAUCGAUCGCUGCAAGGCGAUUAUAGACUUGGAUACGAGCCUGUGCAAAGGAUUUGGAUUUGUCCAGUACUUCAACUUUGAGUCCUGUGAGAAUUGCAUCCGUGGAUUCUAUUACCUGGGCUACCAGGCCAGCUUUGCUCAGAAAUCUCGCAAUUCGCGCCUCAAGGAUCUUGAAGACAAGACCUCGACUAACAUCUACUGCACCAACCUUCCCAUUGAAUGGACCGAGGCUGAUCUUCGUCAUCAUUUCGAACCCUUCCGUGUUGUCUCGGAGAAAAUCAGCCGCGAUGAAAAAACAGGAGUCAGCAAGGAAGUCGGCUUUGCGAGGUUUGAGACUCGCGAGAUCGCCGAGAAGGUCCUCUUGGAGUACCACAACAAUGUUGCGCCCGAUGGCGUCAAACUGCUUCUUCGCUUCGCUGACACCAAGGCUCAGAAGCUGCUCAAGCAGCAGAGCAAUGAGCGUCGCGCAUAUCGUGCUGGUGAGUAUAACUACUCCGUUGAAGUUGUCCAGGGCUCCACUCCGUCGCCGUCCGUGAACCGUCUGCAGCAGGCUAUAUCGCACUUGAGUCCAACCUCUCAGAACAGCUACGUGUCUCCUGUCGGAGUAGGUGCUACCUGGACUCCUGCAACAUCCAUCUCCCCGUCAUAUCCUUUAGUGAAGAACCCCGUCAACAAUAUGCGCUUCAACUCCCUGUCUUCUAGGAACAGCCCGGGCAAUUUGGAGAGCACGCCCUUUCACCGCGGAAGAAUGUCAGUUGGCCGCAACAAUUGGAUGAAUAACGCUGCUGGUCCAUCCAAGUCCAGUCUGCCGUUCACCCCGCGCAUUGGUCGUCGUGCGGGUUCGAGCUGUUCUCAAAAGGAGAACGUCAAAGCCGAAUCCUUGUCUCCCAUUUCUUCUCGCCGAGAGAUUGUUGUCCACUCCCCUCGUUCCGUCGUUUAG